CAGACCAGAACUGCAGUGAUGUCGUUCAGUCUGAGGCUGAAGAUCUUUCUGAUCGUGUCCAGCUGCACGCUGAGGCUGCAGGGAGACUCUGUUCCAGGAACGGAACACCAGAUUUACUGCACAAAUGAUUUUGUGUUUACCGUCAACUGCUCCAUAAAGCUUCACCCAGCGGCAAACACCUCAGCCGAUCACAGCUCUUCAUGGCUGCAGUUUAUUGAUCCAGACGACGAGAAAGAAAACCACGUCUGCAGGCUGACAAACACCACAGGAGCCCUGUUCUGCUCCUUUAAGAGAUCUACUGAAGAGCCAGAGCAAAGCAGCGAUCCUGACAUCUUUGAUGACAUCCAUCUCUACAAAAUCUCCCUUUGUCACAGCGAGGAUGACAAACCAGAAAUGUGUGAGCUGUUGGAUGAUGGUUACACACCUGUGACAAACAUCAGGCCCAACGCUCCAUGCUGCCUCACAGUGAGCCACAACUCCAGUCAAUACCACUUCAGCUGGAAAAACACCUACGAGAGGUUCACCAUGAACAACCUGGCAGAAAAUCUAAAGUACGAGCUGCACUUCUAUAAACUGGAACACAAGGUGGUGCAGCACAAAAUUGUCCCAGAAAGCACAAGCUACUCUUUGGAUGAGGAGAAAUGCACACCAGAUUCGGAGUACGCUGCCAGGGUGCGGUCCAGCCCCAACGGAGCUCGUUUCAAGGGGGAAUGGAGCGACUGGUCACCUGAGGUUUCCUGGAGGACAGAACCAGCACCUGAAGAUUUCACAUCGAAGGAGUUCUCUUCCCUGUAUACCGUCAUCAUCUCCUUGUGUGUGGUUACCAUACUCCUCAUUCUACUAUGCUACGGUUCCGUGAAGAGAUGGAGGCAGAACAGCUUCAUCCCGACUCCAGCUCCUUACUUCCAAACUCUGUACACAGAUUGUCAAGGAGACUUUAAGAGCUGGGUCAUGACGCAGGACGACACGGCAGAUGUGCUAAAUGUAGAAAACACGCUCCAAAUUGACAGUUUGGAGAAGUGUGCAGAACAGCAGCAGGUAGAGGGAAGUCCGUAUAGAAACAUACCCAACCAUACAAGUCCAAACUCUAAGGAGAUCAGCAGUUUGGCUCAUCCGAUGCCAGGAAGUUCUGGAGAGGAUUCGGGCUGCUGGCUCUGCAGCGAUACUUCCCUGGAGGAGCUUCCUCUGUGGUACUGCAACGAGUACUGCACCCUGAACUGCAUCCAGAACCCCGGCUGUGGCGCCGCGCAGAACCAUGCAGGCCUGAAAAAGUUCUGUCAGCCAGAACUCAGGGAGGAUCUCAUCAGGGAUGCAUAAACAUGUAUAUUAAAAAAAAAAAAAAAAUUUAAUAUGCAGCUUCUCCAUUAUAUAUGAAUCUUAGUGUAAAAAAAAUACAGCUUUAAUUGUCUCCAACUGACUUCAUAAACCUGUACCUUUAAUAAAGAAAACUCCACAUUUCGUAGAAAGUUUUAUUAUUAAGCCAACACAUACAUGACCAAAGCACCAUAUAACCUUAAAGUCUGAUACAGAAGAAAGCCUACCUGCCUCAGCCACUGUGGCCGUUUAUUCCACAGCAAACACUCUGCAUAACAAAAAGACAGCCAAGGCAGCAAAUUCUAACGUAUAUUACAGAUCGAUGAAUACAAAACCUGGGAAAAAAAAAAAAAAAUUAGACAGAACCAUCUAGAGACACUAGUGAUACAACAGUAUAAAAGUGCCAUUCAUUAUACAGCAAUUGGAAUACUGACAAUGAAGUAAGCUAUUUUACAUUAAAUUUUACGGGGAGAAAAAAAAAAA